GGGAAAAACAAAAUCAAAUUUAUGAGUUACCUGGGUCUUUUAACAAUUAUGAUUUAGACUCUUAUAAUAUUAAAAAAACUGUUCCAUAUAAAUCUUUUCUAUGGAAUCUUCUUGAAUGUUUAUUGGAAACUAUUUCACCCGUAUCUAAUUCUCGUUAUUGUUCUUUUUUGGGAUUUUUGAAAAUUUUAUGGACCGAAGUAUUGAAAAAUAUUCGUUCGAACUGGGAGAGAUUUGAAUUGAUUCCUGAUGUCAAUAUUUACAAUUUAUCUGAAUUUGAUAUUGAUUCAUCCAGUCAGAAUAAAUCAAAUUUACAUAAUAGCAAGAGUGCUGACAAUGAUAAUAGUAGUAAUGGUAAUAGCAAUGGCAAUUAUGGGAUUUCAAUUGAAAACGCUAACAAAAAAUCUAUUGUACGUCUUUUUGAACGUCUAACAGAAAAUGCAGCAUCGCCUACUAAUGAAGAUGAUUUAGAUUUUUGCGACAAUUUGGAAAAUUCACUCGCGAAACCUUUGAAAAUUCCUCCUACCCGCAAAACACAUCAUAUUAAUAGACCAAUUUCAAAUCACCAUCGUUCACCGUCUUCUCUCUCAAAUGUUCAUUCAUAUUCUCCUACAACAUCAAUAGUUUCUGAAUUAUCCGAUUCAAAUCUCAAUGGUCCUUCCUCUUUAACAGAAUCAUUUAUUGAUAUUAAACUCAAUUACUCCUCAAGUAUGGAUUCCAACCAAAGUUAUGAAUCUUCUGGCAAAAAGGCUCGCAAAGAUCCAGUAAAAGUAAAUAAUAAUAGUAUUCAAUAUGGUACGGAAGAGGAAGUAAAAGAUGAAAAUGAAAGAGAAGGCCAUAUUCAUACACACAAUGGUAUUACCUUAUUAAAAACAGGCGAACAAAUGUGGGUUCCAGGAACACAGGAUCUUGGAUUCAUGACUGAGGAUAUGUUGUAUGAACAGGAACAAUUACUUGAAAAAUUGGAAACAUCAGAACGCGCAAAAUUGCAAUCAGCUCAUCUAAAAUCAGACAUGCAAGCUUUCAAGGCUGCAAAUCCACAUGCUAUCUUGGAAGAUUUUAUUAGAUGGCAUUCACCAAAGGACUGGAUCCCAGAUGAUAGUGGCGACCCUAAUAAAGGAAAACUUAGCCCAAGGAUGAUGGCAGAAGGAAAUCUUUGGCAGGAACUUUGGAUGUCUGCAAAAAGAGUUCCAGUAAAACGUCAAAAACCUAUUUUCAAAUAUAACGGAGAAGCAGAAAAGGCGUUACAUUAUUUAGAACAUUUACAGAUUCAUGAAUUAUUUAUACAAGACAUCAAACCAGUGGCGUCUAGUAUAUCAAAACUAGCACAAGAUUUGAUUAGAUUUCCGUGGAAUGAUGUAGG